AUGACAACAAGUACUCUUAAUGGUAAUGCCACCACUAUGGCUCUGGAGCCUCAGAGGACUUACCAAGUUGUGGUAGCUGCAACCAAAGAAAUGGGUAUCGGUAAAGACGGAAAAUUGCCCUGGAAUUUGCCUACUGAUCUCAAGUUCUUCAAGGACAUUACUCUGACCACUUCAGAUUCGUCUAAGAAAAACGCUGUUGUGAUGGGUAGAAAAACAUGGGAGUCUAUUCCCAUUAAGCAUAGGCCGCUUUCGGGUCGCCUUAACGUUGUUCUGACUCGUUCUGGUGGGUUUGAUAUAGCCAAUACUGAGAAUGUUGUCACUUGCAGUAGCGUAGAUUCUGCUCUUGAUUUAUUAGCUGCGCCGCCGUAUUGUUUAUCUAUUGAGAGGGUGUUUGUCAUAGGAGGUGGUGAUAUAUUGAGGGAAGCAUUGAACAGGCCUAGUUGUGAUGCUAUCCAUUUAACUGAGAUUGAUACAAGUAUUGACUGUGAUACGUUUAUACCUGCGAUUGACACUUCCGUUUAUCAGCCUUGGUAUUCAUCGCUUCCAAUAAGUGAGAACAGACUUCGGUUUUGCUUCACGAGUUAUGUCCGUGUAAAAAGUUCUGUCGAUGAGUCAUCUGAAGAAAGCAAUGGGUCACAGUCCCUUCAGUUUGAUGGGAAGAAGUUUUCGUUUCUUCCCAAAAUGAUUUUUGAUCAGCAUGAGGAGUUCCGGUAUUUGAAUCUUGUUGACGACAUCAUCUCAAAUGGCAACGUGAAGAAUGAUCGGACUGGGACUGGUACAUUAUCAAAAUUUGGUUGCCAGAUGAAAUUCAAUUUACGCAGAAGUUUUCCACUUCUGACAACAAAGAGAGUGUUUUGGAGAGGUGUUCUUGAGGAACUUAUAUGGUUCAUAAGCGGCUCAACCAGUGCAAAGGUCCUUCAGGAGAAAGGUAUUCAUAUAUGGGAUGGGAAUGCGUCGAGAGAGUAUCUUGAUGGUAUCGGCCUGAAAGAGAGAGAGGAAGGCGACCUUGGACCUGUAUACGGAUUCCAAUGGAGACACUUUGGUGCUAAGUACACAGAUAUGCAUGCUGAUUAUACUGGUCACGGAUUUGAUCAACUUGUAGAUGUAAUCGACAAGAUCAAAAAUAAUCCUGAUGAUCGGCGCAUUAUAUUAUCGGCUUGGAAUCCUUCUGAUCUUAAGUUGAUGGCGCUUCCUCCAUGCCACAUGUUUGCACAGUUCUAUGUGGCAGAUGGGGAGCUCUCAUGUCAAAUGUAUCAGCGUUCAGCGGACAUGGGUCUUGGUGUGCCGUUUAACAUUGCUUCCUACUCUCUUCUUACUUGCAUGCUCGCUCACGUGUGUGAUCUUGUUCCUGGUGAUUUUACCCAUGUUAUUGGGGAUGCUCAUGUGUACCGAAAUCAUGUGAGGCCUCUGCAAGAGCAACUUCAGAAUCCGCCAAAACCUUUUCCUGUUUUGAAGAUAAACCCACAGAAGAAACACAUUGACUCUUUUGUGGCUGCUGACUUUGACCUCAUAGGCUAUGUUCCUCACAAGAAGAUAGAGAUGAAAAUGGCGGUGUAG